CAUCUGGGUGACGGAGUUUGAUUUACAAAAUUGAGUAUUGUUUUCUCGUCGAGCGGAAGAAACAGACAAAGUGUGUAUAAAGAUUGCUCGUGUAGUGUAAAACCAAUCAGUCUCUACACAUGAUCCUAAGUGUUCCUCACGUUGUUAGAGCAGACGAAAGCUCGGAACUACCAAUGAUGCCGCGAUCGUUUUUGGUGAAAUCACAAAAGUAUCCCGAAGAAAGUGAAAUGUCUGGUAGUGAUCAUAAAAGUGCCUUUACCCUCGUGACGCCAAGAAAAUCAGAUAUGCCAUCAGAUAGUGAUACGUCAUCCGAAAGUCUAAAAUAUCCCGUUAACUGUCCAUCUCUUGGUCUAAGACCCAAUUCGCGUGGUGGUAUGGAGAGUCCAGAAAGGGAUGAGGAGAGUGACCACUCACCCAGUAAGGUUGAACAUCACAAUAACCGACUUCCCCACCCCAGCUUCAGCGCCUUUAGGCCCUGGUUAAAAGAAUCAUCAUUAGCUACAUCAAUACAAUCUACAUGUACAACAGGUGCACCAUUUCGUUCUAUGGUUCAACAGUCUUCUGAUUUACGGCUUAACUGUUCCGAAUUAUACCGUUAUCAGUUCUUAAACGGCUUAUACAGAAAUUCUUUAGAACUGUUCCCAUUUGGCUCACCAUUUUGGAUGAAUACCCAACGGAUGUAUGCCGGGUUUGAGAAAAACUUUCCAUUUCUGACCAGAGACAAAGUUUCCGCUCUAAAUAUGGCGCCUGGUAUUUUUGAAAAGGGUUCUUACGAAUGUGUUAAAUGCAUGAAACAAUUUAGUACGCCGCAUGGUCUGGAGGUCCAUGUUCGUCGUUCUCAUAGUGGUCGACGACCUUACGCCUGCGACAUCUGUAACAAGACUUUUGGACAUUCUGUGAGUUUAAGUCAGCAUAGAGCCGUUCACACUCAGGAAAAGAGUUUUUCUUGUAAUCAAUGUGGCAAAUCCUUCAAGCGGUCUUCCACGUUAUCUACGCAUCUGUUAAUACACAGCGAUACUCGACCCUAUCCCUGUCCUUAUUGUGGGAAACGGUUUCAUCAAAAAUCGGACAUGAAGAAACACACUUAUAUCCAUACUGGUGAAAAGCCCUACAAAUGUACGCAUUGUGGUAAAGCCUUUAGUCAGUCAUCAAAUCUUAUAACACAUAGUAGAAAACACACCGGAUUUAAACCAUUCUCUUGUAAAAGCUGUAAUCGUUCCUUUCAAAGAAAAGUCGACCUACGACGUCACAUGGAAACACAACAUUCGGAAGAAAAGCAGCUACCAGAUACGUCAACACCACAAAUUGUUCCACAGCAGACACAGCCCCUUAGUUUCAUAGAGACAAGGCUGGAAGAAAACGAGUCGUUAGAGUUGGACGAAUCGACAGAAACAAUUAUAGACGUUUAAAUAAUUCUAAAAAACUAAAUUAAUUUUUUUAGAAGUAUAUCGAACAUUUCUAACAUUGUGAUUUAAAUUAAACACCAAAUAUAAAUUAUUUAUAGUUUUGACCUUUUGCAUUUGUAUAAUGUGAUCCUAACAUUGAUUAAUUUAUAACAACACCGCGAAUUUUCUUACCAAAAAUAUAUUAGACUCUUUGCACUGCUUUCAGUACUGAAGUCGGAGAGCAAACAAAACACAUACAUUUUAUCUACGGAAAGGUAUUUGACCCCAUAUUAGCUGUCUUCAUUUGCCAAGUCGGUGCAGAAAUGUAGGACGUCAAACCCCAUUUGAUUUUCUUUCCAUAUUAGCAUUGGUCAAAAAUUUGUUAUCAAUAGGCAUAAUAAAAAUGAUGGAUUAAUAAGUUAAAAACCGCAUGAAAUAUCUCUUAUGCCACGACUGUCCUAUCUAUACGAAGCGAUGCUAUUUAUGACAGCUCCAAUGUGAUGUCAUGGAAAGACAUAUACUUCACAUAUUAAUACUUUAGCCACAUCUUCGUAUCUGCUCUCUCAUUUCUGAAUUCAUUUUGUUCAGACUCAGACUAACGUAAUUAUUGAUUUAUGUUUUUGUUACUUAUAUUGAAAUAAUAUUGUGUUAAUAAUUUUUUUGGAGGUUUGGUGCAAUAAUAACCUAUUUGUAUUAUUAACCAGUUUUAUGAUAUUGUAUCCUAUUAGGAUAUGUCA